ACAAAACUUUCCUUAAAAAAAAGUUACUUUAAAAAAAAAAAAAGAUUACUUUUGAUGAAAAUCUUUAGAACAGAGGGGGCUGGGCAGUGGUUCUGUGAAAGACACCAGAGAAGCAGCAGAGCCUGGGCUGGCACAGGCAGCAGAAGGAUGACCUGCAGGGCAGCCCUGGAAAGGGCACUGCAGACUUUGGGGCCCUACUCAGGAUACAAUAUGAGUUCAGGUUGCUUUGACAAAAUACAACAUUAUUUACAACAUGAAAAAUGAUGACUUACUGUAAGCAGUGCAUUCAUUUAUAAAGAAGUUCACCUAGUGCACGUUGGUAUUUAUUUUUUCUUUACUAUGAGAGUGGUGAGGUGCUGGAACAGCUGCCCACAGAGGCUGUGGAUGCCCCGUCCAUCCCUGGAGGUAUUCAAGGCCAGUUGGAUGGGGCCCUGGGCAGCCUGGGCUGGUAUGAAAUGUAGAGGUUGGUGGCCCUGCGUGUGGCAGGGAGUUGGAGAUUCAUGAUCAUUGAGGUCCCUUCCAACCCUGGCCAUUCUGUGAUUCUGUGGUGCUCAAAACCAGCCUUGUGCCCACAGCUGUGCAGUAAGCCUCUGAAGUGUUUUCUCAGCCUGCCUGCUGGCUCCUUCACUUUGUCAUUGUGGCCAAGUGUGCCACGAUCUUGCAAAGCAUCGUAAUUUUCCCCUCCCCAUUCUGAAAUGUAAAAAAAGCUUUUGCUCUUCCUGUAGAGGUUGAAUCUAGUAUUGUUUAAACAAAGAGAAUAAUUCAAUAAUUGUAAUAUCUGCACUGACCUUGUAGAAAAUAAAAUCAGCGUUAACACAGCUGUUGAAGGACUGAAGCUCAGAGCCAGUCAGAGCCCUACUGGUUUCUAGGUGUUUUCAGUGUUACACAAUUUGAAGUGUCUUCUUUCUUUUUUCUUUUCCUUCAAACUGUCUCAGAGAAAUGCUUCUCAUUGAGUGAACAGAGCUGUCACAGAGGGCUGGAUUUGGGUGUGCACGUGCUUCUGUAGCACUGUGCUGAAACCUUUGAUGACAGUAACUGCUGGCAGUGCGGAGUGUGUCUGUCAAGUAGUGCAUGGCACAUGUAUGGAAGGUUUCUCAUUUGCUUUAUCUAUCUUAUGGGUAUAAAGCACAUUCCUAACUGGCACAAGCAGCAGAAGGCUGUGUAGUGGCCACCUGGGUGAGAGAAGCUGCAGUGUGCUGGCUCAAACUCAUUGCAGACAGCUGAGGAGCUGCUGUAAACACCAGGGGAAGCCAGGUGCAUCAAAGCUUUACUCUCAGGCACCACAGUGUCAUUCAGCUGAAGAAGCACAGCACCCUUUCUUGCACUUGGCACCCCGAGGUUGGAUGUGCACUCCUGGGGAAAGGGCCCUGUGUGCCAAAAUGGUUAUGAGUGCUGUUCAUUAAUGAUGUCCUGCCCAUAACAAGUUAGGGAACUGAAGGAAGAGCCCUACGAAGAGAUGACAUGUAAUGGCCCAGAUAGCGCUGAACCCGGUGCCACUCCAGCCACUGAUGGCGACCAGGAGUGGAGCCAGGAACACGACCGACUGGGAACCUUUGUGGAGUUUCCCCCUGAUUGUCCGGUUUCAGCAUCAGCACUUGCUCGAGCUGGCUUUGUUUAUACUGGAGAAGGGGAUAAAGUCAAAUGCUUCAGUUGCCAUGCGACUGUUGAAGGAUGGCAGCCUGGGGAUUCUGCGGUUGACAGACACAAAAACCUUUCCCCAGAUUGCAGAUUUCUUUCUGAGUCUGUGUUUUUGGAAAAUAACGUACAUCCUCUUGUGCAGAGCCACCAGCAUAGAACUGAAAAUGGCUCCAGCAAUUUAGCUCUCUCGCCUGCUCUGGAGGACCUGUCUGAUGUGGAGGCAGAUUACCUGUUGAGAACCAGGCAGGUUGUGGACAUGUCUGAUACUCUGUAUCCUAAAAACCCCUCUAUGUGCAGUGAAGAAGCCAGGCUGAAGUCCUUUCACAACUGGCCCCCCUACGGCCUAUUGACUCCAAAGGAAUUAGCUAGUGCAGGACUCUACUACACAGGUGUUGGUGAUCAAGUUGCGUGUUUUUGUUGUGGUGGGAAACUGAAAAACUGGGAGCCUGGUGAUCGAGCUUGGUCUGAGCACAAGAGGCAUUUUCCCAAGUGCUUUUUUGUCCUGGGUCGGGACGUUGGAAACGUUUCAACUGAAUCUGUUUGUGCUGAGCUUGGGAGAAGCUGUCUGAACAACGAACAGCAUCCGAGGAAUCCAUCCAUGGUAGAAUAUGAGAGGAGGAUACAAACGUUUCUAACUUGGGUACACCCUGUUAACAAGGAACAUCUUGCUGAGGCAGGCUUCUACAGCACAGGCAAUGGCGAUCACGUUGUGUGCUUCCACUGCGGUGGAGGAUUGCAGGAGUGGAAGGAAAAUGAAGACCCGUGGGACCAACACGCCAAGUGGUUUCCUGGGUGCAAGUUCUUGAGAGAGGAAAAGGGACUAGAAUUUAUAAAUAAUGUUCACUUAAGAGAUGGAUGUAUGGAUUCAACAAUAGAAGCUGCUGAAGUUACAGUACUUCCUAAAGAUGACCUCUUACAGAAUCAGUUGGUACAGAAUGCCAUUCACAUGGGUUUCAGUUUGUCUGAGAUUAGGAGCAUUAUGGAAAAGAAGUUGCACAUGUCUGGAGAAAGCUAUACAUCUGUUGAGGACCUGGUAGCAGACUUAAUAAGUGCUCAGAAAGAAAAUGCAAAGGGAGAACCACCAAAAGAAAGCCCACUUGAGCAAGAUCUCAGUAUUGAAGAGAAGUUAAGACGCUUGCAGGAAGAAAAGCUCUGUAAAAUCUGUAUGGCUAAAGACAUAUCAGUAGUCCUCAUUCCCUGUGGUCACCUGGUUGCGUGUAAGGAAUGUGCUGAAGCAGUUAAUAAAUGUCCUCUGUGUUGUACAAAUAUUAUCAAGAGACAGAAGAUUUUUAUGUAUUAAUGAAAGGCACAGUACUGCGGAUGUAAGUGCUCCUGCUUUGUUUCUUUAAACGUGUGAUGUGACAACAGAAGGCUGGGUGUUCACCAGUCUAGCACACACUUAUGGUGCAUCUCACUUUGGAGAUCAUGUAAACACUAAAGCUUUAAUCAACACCCUGAAAAAUGAGUUGACUGUCAGAAGCUGCUAGAUUUUGGUUGAGAGCACUCGUAUCCUACUGCCUCCUUAGUGCUCUCCUCACUUUUUGUGCUUUUACUUUUUUCCCCCACCAAUAAGUUUGAGAAAUCAGACAGCAUAUAAAUAGCAGAACAAAAUCUACUAUUUAUAGACUGUGUUUCUACUAAUUUGCUCAGCUCAUUUAUCAGAAAUAGACCUGCUUAAUUUUCUCUUCUAGUGGGACCAAGGGUAAACAGCCUCAUCAGAGGAAAGAAAUGCUUUAGGGUAAUUUUUGUGUUGUUAUUUUGAAUAUUUAGAUAUCCGAAUGGAUUUUAUGGGGUUAAAAUCCUUUCUGAUUCAUUGGAUGCUACGUUAAGGACUUCAUUUUGUGCAUCGUAUCCCCUACUAAUCUGGUGUUUCUAGUUUGAAAAACAUCAGCUAAAGUAUCUUUUUGUUUUAUUCUCGUCAUUCGCCUAUCUUAAGAGUAAAAUCACAUCAGUAGGAGCAGCUUUGCUAUAGGUUCUGUCUUCGAGCUACAAUUGUCUGUGUGAUAUUCUGUAGGUCACUAAUUAGAUGCCUUUACUGCCACUGAAGGAUGUCUGUCUGUUUGUCAUUCUUGUUUACACUUGUAAGCCUCUGUAAGCGGUCUCAAAUAAUAAUUAACAGGCUAAGCAAACAUGAGCAACGCAGGAACUAGCUCUGAAUGGUGUUGGUUUUCUUCUCUUUUCUUCUUAGAUGGACAGGUUAGCAACACCCUUGGAAUUAAUGGACCCUUAUAAAGCUGCUCUAAGCUUUAAAAAUACCAUAACUGCCUGUGGAUAUCUGUGACUGACGAAAGGUGGAAAUUGUAACUGAUGUUAAUCAUGAUGUUAAUCAGAACACACAGUCUUAACUUCAUUUCAUGUGCCACCUACAGACAUAAAAUGCAGACAAUCUUAGGAUCUAAUCACCUGGCCGUAUUUAAGUUUUUUCUGCUGUCAAACUACACGCAUUCAAAUAUUCUUAAAAUUUUUCUUAAUUGAGUUUUUCCACAUCACAUCUGGUACUGAAAGGCAAGUAUGUAACAUCUGGUAGCUUCACUUCAUAGACCUGGUUUGGCAAAGCCUAAGCAAUGCAGAGCUUUAUUUUUCACUGUGGAGAGACUCUGUCUAGCUGAAGUUUGUGCAAACAGAGUUGUUUAAGAAAUCAGGCCCUCUAUAAAACUCAUGCAUGCUCAUUUCUGAAAUUCUGACUGCUAUUCGUAUGUGUCUCAGCUCAGGUUCCAGCAUCCCAAAAACACCAUACGAUUGAAAAUGUUAGCUCUGUAGCUUUGGUUUUGAUGUGAUUCAGAGAAUGUGCAAACCUGCUGCUGAAAUUUUAGACUGUUACUGCUACUUUGCCAGUUCUUCUGUUGUGAUCAACAGCUCCUGUGUCCCCGCUCACUGUUUCUGUUGUUGCUGUAUAAAUAGGCCUCAGAAACUGGUUUUAGCCUUCUGCUUUUCUCAAUGCGUCCCUCUUGUAUACAGAUGUCAUUCCUUACAAGUGAACUCGACAGAAAUGAAGGAUGUUCUGCAUACCUCGUGCCCUCCAUUAUGACAGGAGCUAUCUUAUCUUAAAUCUUCCCCCCUGCCCAUGAGACAUUCAGUGUGUGUUUGCCUCACGUUUCUAACAUUUAGCAUCAUCCUCACUUAUUUUUUCUGCUCGUGUUGUAAGUAUAGCUGGUUUACAGUAACACUAAUUAUGUGACUUCCUAUUUAUGUGGGCAUACUAAUUUGUUUCUGUUCAUACAGAAAUUUUAUCUUGGGUCCUACACACUGAGUAAUAUAUUUGAUUAAUGAUACUUUAUAAAGAAUAUAUAGUUUUUCACACGAUGAAGAUUUUAAAUGCAAUAUACAGAAAUGUAACGCCUCUAUUUUUGGUUAGAUAUUUGCUAUGAUUAUAUGAGAUUUCACAGAACUGACAUGUUGCUCCAGUGCAAUUUUGUGUAUAUUUAAAUAAAGUGCAAUCCAGUUGUUCCCAGA